UACACAUUGAUCACUUUUCCUUUUUUUAUCUGGUAGUAAACCACCCACUUAUGUUAAAAACAUUCCUUUUGGCAUGGAGGUUCUAUGGUUCUUAAUAUGAUAAGUUAACUUGAUAAUAUGCUGGUAGAAGCCGAUUUCCUAAUAUAUUAAAAGAUUUGUUUACUAUUUUUACAUUUAUAAGGUAUACAAAACAAAACAACCUUUUCUUCCUUUCUUGUGUCUAUUUUUGUUUUUUGUUUUUUUUUUUUUUUUUGCAGCCUGAGCUUUGGUUUGCAGGUAAUCUAUGAUCGUUGGCAUGCUAUAGUAGGCCAUGGCCACAUUCGAGAUAUAUCGAAAGUCUUCCAUUGGCGCGUGCUUGAUAGAUGCCUUAGAUGAGAUGGUUCUUAGUGGAACUUUGAGCCCAGAGGUAGCUUAUAAAGUACUAGUGCAAUUUGAUAAGUCUAUGAAAGAUGCCUUGGAGACCCGAGCGAAGAGAAUGGUUUCUAUGAAGGGUCAUCUGCAUACCUACAGGUUUUGUGACCAUGUCUGGACUUUCAACUUGCAAGAUGCAGUUUUCAAAAUUGGCAAAACUGAGGAACAGAUCAGAAGGGUGAAGAUUGUAGCUUGUGACUCCAAAUUGCUACCAGAGUGA